ACCUAAUUAAUUUCUUCCUUCAAGUCUUUAGAUUAAAACUCAAUGAAGAUUGAAGAAAACACCAUAAGCAGUGAAUUGGGUUGGUGAGUUUAGAGUCAAAGUGUGUUUUUUUCGGUUGGUUUUCAAAUUGAAACUUGACCCUGCAUGCAUGGCUUCGCUUCUGAAAAAACUGAGACAUGGUCGUGUUCCUUCAGUUCACGAUGAUGGUGGUGAUUACAGCUUUGAGUACUCCUUUGCCGAAGAGUACAAAGGCCCUCCUUUGAGUUACUCCAUCCCUGAAGCAUCUCCAUUCAGCCUUGACCAAAUCCCAGUUGCUCCUGUCGCUCCUUCUCCCCCUCAUCAUUUCUCUGUCCCAGUUAUCCAACCUUUCAGAAAAACCAAUGCUACCAAUCUCAACCUUUCUACAGUUUUUGUUCAGUCUAUGAAUUCCGAGCCUCUUGAUCUUGAAUCAUCAAACUCUGAUGUGAAUUUAGAAGUUCCUGGUGGUGAUGAUGAUAGACAAAAUACCAAUUUGGAUACAACAGAAUCGGUUUCAAGCUUUCGUUCUAUUUCUUCUGAGGUAUUUUCAUGCAUAGAAGAUGAUCAUAAUGAUGAACCUCAUAGUCCAAGACAUGUUAAACGGCCUUCUGCUGUUACUUUUCGUGAUCCUGAGUCAAAUGAAACGGUAGAUGAUAAAGAGUUUGUUGAUUCUCAGAGUGGAAAAAGUAGUACUAUCCCUGUGAACCCUGUGAGGCCACAUGCUGUGAGAGAGGGGAAGAAAGGAACGUGCUAUCGAUGCCUUAAAGGGAAUCGUCUCACUGAGAGGGAGGUUUGCAUUGUUUGCAAUGCAAAGUAUUGCCGCAACUGUGUCCUUAAAGCAAUGGGGUCCAUGCCUGAAGGGAGAAAAUGUGUCACUUGCAUUGGUUACAGAAUUGAUGAGAACAAGAGGGGAACACUUGGCAAGUUUUCUAGGAUGCUCAAACGCUUGUUGUCUGAGUUGGAAGUGAAACAGCUCAAGCAUGCUGAAAUGUUUUGUGAAGCAAAUCAAAUACCAGCUGAGCAUGUUCGUGUGAACGGAGAGCCUCUUGAUUGGGAUCAGCUCAUGUUACUCCUCAGCUGUCCAAACCCACCAAAAGGAUUAAAACCAGGUUUCUAUUGGUAUGAUAAAGCAUCUGGAUUUUGGGGAAAGGAAGGUCAACGGCCAUGUCAAAUUAUAAGCCACCAGCUGGAUGUUGGAGGUCACUUGCAGAGAAAUGCAAGCGGUGGAAAGACAAAUGUGACUGUGAAUGGUCGAGAGAUUAACAAAGAAGAGCUUUUAUUACUGAAGUGGGCAGGAGUGCCGUGUGAAGGAACUACUGACUUUUGGGUGAGUCCUGAUGGAUCUUACAUGGAAGUGGGACAGAAGAAUGUCAAGGGACGUAUAUGGGAUAAGCAUGGAGUGAAGCUAGCUUCUAUCAUUCUGUCACUGCCAGUUCCUCGUAGCUCUGAGACUCCUUCUGGAGAAGGAGAAAAUGUGAAUAGAGUUGCCCAAUACAACCUUCAACAGAAAAUGGUUCACAAAUUUCUACUUGUUGGUUCUGUCAAAUCUGGAACAUGUACUAUAUUUAAACAGGCCAAGCAACUGUAUAAUGUUCCUUUCUCAGAAAUUGAGCGUGAAAAUAUCAAGUUGGUAAUCCAGAGCAACUUGUAUAGGUACCUUGGUAUAUUGCUUGAGGCGAGAGAAAUAUUUGAAGAGAGUUUGUACAAGAACAGCAACGGACUGCAUGUUGAUGAAUCAACUUCAUCUGGGAACACUGGGGAGAAUAUUGACAAAACAAUCUAUUCCAUUGGCCCAAGAUUGAAAGCUUUCUCAGAUUGGCUACUCACAUAUAUGGUGUCAGGUAACUUGGACGCAAUAUUUCCAGCUGCUACUCGUGAAUAUGCACCACUGGUAGAGGAGAUGUGGAGGGAUGCAGCCAUUCAGGCCACAUAUGAAAGGAGAAAUGAAAUAAAAAUGCUACCUAGAACUGCAAGUUAUUUUCUAGAGCGGGCUGUUGAGAUUUCCAAGGGAGACUAUGAACCUUUGGACAUGGACAUCACGUAUGCUGAAGGAAUAUCCUUAUCCAACAGCCUUAUUUCAAUGGAAUUUUCGUUUCCCUUGUCAGGUCAUGAGGACUCCAUGGACCCUGACUAUCAACAUGAUCCUUCUCUAAGAUACCAACUCAUCAGAGUACAUCCAAAAAGCCUUGGAGAAAACAGCAAGUUGUUGGACAUGUUUGAAGACACUGAUUUAGUCUUAUUCACUGUGGCCUUAACUGACUAUGAUGAGUACACUGUGGACAGUAAUGGAGUUGCUACCAACAAAAUUUUAGCAGCCAAGCAUCUCUUUGAAAACAUCAUUACUCGUACAGUUUUCAAUAACAAGAAAUUCCUUUUGAUACUGACCAAACUCGAUCUGCUAGAGGAAAAGAUUGAAAGGGUACCUCUAACACAAUGUGAAUGGUUCUGUGACUUCCAUCCAGUUAUCAGCUACAAUCGCAAUCACACUCCAUUAGCUCAAUAUGCUUUUCAAUAUAUUGCUAUGAAGUUUAAGAGAUUGUUCCAUUCUCUUACUGGUCAAAAGCUGUUUGUUUCACUGGUUUCUGGGUUGGAACCUGAUACUGUUGAUGAAGGGCUUAGAUAUGCCAGAGAGGUUAUGGGGUGGGAAAAAUGGGAUCCCUCUUUCAAAAAUGGGAAAUUUGAGAUAACUUCUACAACCAUUGAGGAGACAAACUCAUCAUGAUUUUUCCUCCAAAAUAAUCUUACAAGGACUGUUUCUGUACAAACAAAGUUCUACAAACAGCUUAGACAAAUUGAUGUAUGAAAGUAGGGUCAUGAGAGGAUUCAAAGAGUUUUGAUCAUAAAUUCAUGAAGUUAGGAUUAGAGUAGAGCUUCUUCCUUUUGUCAGUCAACAAAUUUUGUGUAUAUAUAAAA